AAGAAACUGAGCAUUAACACGGGACAAAUGGUGGUAAUAUUUUUAUAUUCUGAAAGUGAGGAAUUGUUUGGAGACUUUAAGGGGAAGAUGUUUUAAACAGAGGUUCUGCAGAAGUAGCCCAGUAAUAGAUGAUGGCGUCUAUUUCAGAACAGCUUCUGGAAACACUGGAUGAGCUGGAAGAAAACAAACUAAAGAGGUUUAAAUGGCAUUUAAAACAAGAAGGGUCCAUUUCAGCUGAUGAACUGGAAAAUGCAGAUGCCAUUGACACAGUGGAUCUGAUGGUGGAGCGUUAUGAACCAGAAGAAGCUGUGAAGAUCACACUGAACAUCCUGAAGAAGAUGAAACAAAACCAGCUGGCUGAAGAGUUAGAAAACAAGAACAAGGAAGUGCCAAGUUCUCCAGUCACGGUUUCCAGCCCAGUUUGUUCUGAAAUCUCUUUUGGAGUGAAUGCUGAAACAGGUGCAAGUGUAAAUGCUCCUUUACUCACUGGAAACAAUUUCACUGGCCCAGUAACCUUCAACUACAAAGAGCAACAAACACCUUCAGUGCAAGAAACAGUAAAGAAAAAUACAGGAAAACAAGGGGAUUCCUUCAUGCUAAAAUUUUCAAAAUGUUUUUGCCCAUAUCAAACCGAGGAAUUAGUCUUGAAAAAAUUCCUGAAACAUCACAAAGCCAACAUGAAAAAGAAAGCAGAACACAUUUUUGAGGGCAAGAAAAAACAUAAAAUGCAUCUCAAGAGUGUUUACACAGAACUCUUCAUCACAAAGUACGAUAGUGAGGAAAUCAACAAUGAGCAUGAGUUUCAAAAGAUUGAGACACAUGAAAAACAACAAAAAUCCAAUGAUAAACCAAUUAGCUACAAUGAUAUUUUCUGUUUGAUGGAGAACAAUGAGGAGAGCAGGACUUUUCUGACCAAGGGCAUCGCUGGCAUUGGAAAAACCUUUUCUGUGCACAAGUUCAUUCUGGACUGGGCUGAAGGAAAAUCCAAUCAGCAUAUAGACUGCAUGUUCCUGCUUCCCUUCCGAGAGAUUAACUUGAUUAAAGAUAAGGAGUUCAGUCUCCAUGCAUUUCUACAGGAGUUUUAUCCUGAAAUGAAAGUGUUAAUUGACACCACAUUUUAUGAGCGUAAGCUGCUAUUUAUCUUUGAUGGACUUGAUGAGAGUCGACUGCCUUUGGAUUUUAAAAGGAGAAUGUUGAGCAGUGUGAAUAAGAGAUCAUCUGUAGAUGAACUUUUUACAAAUCUGGUCAAGGGAAUUCUUCCAUCAGCUCUCAUUUGGGUGACCUCACGACCUGCAGCAGCCAAUCAAAUCCCUUCUGAACAUGUAGAUUUGUUCACAGAGGUGCGAGGAUUCACUGACAAACAGAAGGAGGAAUACUUCAGAAAGAAAAUCAAAGAUGAGACUCAGGCCUCCAAAAUCAUCUCACACAUCAAGACGUCUCGAAGUCUCUACAUCAUGUGCUACAUUCCUGUGUUCUGUUGGAUCACGGCCACAGUUCUUCACGAAAUUCUCAUGAAGAACAAUGGGGAGGACAUUCGCACAACGCUCACUGAAAUGUACAUUCACUUUCUGAUCAUACAGAUGAACAUGAAGAACCAGAAGUAUGAUGAAAAAGUAGAAAGAAACUAUAAUAAGCUCUUAGAUUCCAAUAAAACUAUUGUUUUGAAGCUGGCCAAGCUUGCAUUUGAGCAGCUAACGAAAGAAAACACCAUGUUCUAUGAGGAAGAUCUGGAAGAAUGUGGUAUUGAUGUGAGUGAAGACUCUAAUUUCACAGGAAUGAUCGCUGAGCUCUUUAAAAGGAAGCUGGUUCAUGAAAUGAAGGUCUUCUGCUUUGUGCAUCAAAGUGUUCAAGAGUUCCUCGCUGCACUGCACGUUUUCUUCUGCUAUCUGAACAAGAACAUGGAGGAGCUUCAGUUUUUCUUUGAAGAACAACAAGACUAUGUCUUACUGCAUGACUUACUGAAGAGGGCAAUUUACAAAGCAGUGCAAAGUCAGAAAGGAAAUUUUGACCUUUUUCUACGUUUUCUGCUGGGCAUUUCACUGGAAUCCAAUCAGAAACUGCUCAAAGGUCUUCUCGCAGAAACUCAAGACAGCAAAGAGAGCAUCACAAAAAUAGUUGAACACAUCAAGCAAUUACAAAACAAGAACGUCUCAUCAGAAGUUUCGAUCAAUCUUAUAUUUUGUUUAAGUGAACUAAAAGACCACUCACUCUUUAAGGAAAUGCAGACAUAUCAGUGUUCAGAUGUUUCUCCAGGAAGGGAACUCCCAUCCUCAAUGUGCUCAGCACUGGCCCACAUACUCUUUAUGUCAGAGGAGGUGUUGGAUGAGUUCAACCCAAAAGUAUACGAAACCUCACCAGCAGGCAAUAUGCGACUAGUCCCAGCUGUGAGAUGUUGCAGAAAAGCCCUAUUCGAUAGCUGUGGAUUCACUGACACCUGCUGUGAAAUUGUGGCAUCAGCUCUACAAUCCUCAAACUCUGUCCUGAGAGAGCUGGAUCUGAGUAACAAUGACCUGCAGGAUUCAGGAGUGAAGCUUCUCUCUGAUGGACUGAAGAGUCCAAACUGUAAACUGGAGAUACUGAGAUUGGCCAUCUGUAAUCUCACUGGUCAGUGUUGUGAAAGUUUGACUUCAGUUCUACAAACAUCAAAGUCCCUCCUGAGAGAGCUGGACCUGAGUAACAAUGGCCUGCAGGAUUCAGGAGUGAAGCUGCUCUCUGAUGGACUGGAGAGUACAAACUGUACACUGGAGAUACUGAGAUUGCAUUUGUGUUAUCUCACUGAUGAGAGCUGUGAAAGUUUGGCUUCAGCUCUACAAUUAUCAAACUCCCUCCUGAGAGAGCUGGAUCUGAGUAACAAUGACCUGCAGGAUUCAGGAGUGAAGCUGAUCUCUGAUGCACUGAAGAGUACAAACUGUAAACUGGAGAUACUGAGACUAUCAGGCUGUAUGGUGACAGAGGUUGGCUGUUGUUAUUUGGCUUCGGCUCUGAUAUCAAACACUUCACACCUGAUAGAGCUGGAUCUGAGCUACAAUCACCCAGGAGAAUCAGGAGUCAAACUGCUCACUGAGAGACUCAAUGAUCCAAAAUGCUCACUGGACAAACUCAAUGUGGACAAUAUGGGAACGUUCAGAAUUAAAGCAGGGCUACAAAAAUAUUUCUGUCAUCUCACUCUGGAUCCAAAUACAGCAAACACACAUCUCAUUCUGUCUGAGGAGAACAGAAAGGUGAAACGUGUGAUAAAUGUUCAAUCGUAUUCUGACCAGCCAGAGAGGUUUGAUGAGUGUCUUCAGGUUCUUAGUAGAGAGAGUCUGACUGGAUGCUGUUACUGGGAGACUGAAUGGAGCGGGAGAGAGGCUGAUGUAUCAGUAGCAUAUAAUGGAAUCGGCAGGAAAGGACAAUGUAAUGACAGUUGGUUUGGGUACAACAAAAAAUCCUGGAGUCUGUUCUGCUCUAAUUACAGAUUCACUGCCUGUCACAAUAAUAAGAAAUCAAACAUUUCUGUCCCCUCACACUCCUGUCACAGAAUUGGAGUGUAUCUGGACUGGUCAGCCGGCACUCUGUCCUUCUACAGCGUCUCUGACACACACACACUCACACACUUACACACAUUCAACACCACAUUCACUGAACCCCUCUAUGCUGGAUUUGGGGUUUAUUUUGACUCCUCUGUGUCUCUGUGUCAGAUUACUACUUUACAGGAGUGAUCUCUUAAAUGGUCAUGCAUGACUUUUACACACUUUUAAACUCAUCUUUUAUAUCUUCACACAUUCACAAAAUAGACUUCUCGUGUUUUCAGGAAUCACACAAACACACACACACAUAUUGUCCAUGUGAAAGACAGCUGAAGUGUUUUUCUUAAUGCUGUAACUGUUAAUUUGUUUUAAUGUUCCACAGGAUACACAAUAACUAUGAUAAUGUAAUCAUUUGUAUUAUCUACAUAAAUUCCAAGGAGACAACUGUUAAAAAAUGUAUAUAUGACAGUUAAAUGAUAAAAGUGUAACAUUUACUGUAAUGAUCAAGUAAGGCAGAGCUAUAUUUUUUUAAAAUACAGGGAGAGGGCAGGGAGAGAAUGUAUUUUCUAAAAUGCUUUUGAGUUCCCUCAGAAUUAUUUUUGGUUUCUAGCACUUUAAUCCAUUUCUUCUGAAAAUGUACAAUGGUUUUAUGACACUUACUAUAAAACCAUAAUUUUUAUACAGGAAAACUACAACUAUUGUAAUAAAAAAAAAAUCU